AUGGCGAAGGAUUACUACAAGGUACUCGGCCUCCGCCAAGGCGCCAGUGAGGACAGUGUCAAGAAAGCAUACCGGCAUCUCGCACUCAUGUACCAUCCAGACAAGAACAAGUCGCCGGAUGCUGAAAUUAAGUUCAGGGAAAUUAAGGAGGCUUACGAGGCUUUGAGCACGCCGAAACACGGUACCACUGAACGCUCAUACGGACAUUUCCGCCCAAGUGACGGCAGCAGCAGCGGACUGUUUAGGCCAGGGAGUGUGUGGGCCAGUUACAACGACGGACGUAACAGUUACGCUGAUGGCCGUUUCACCAGGUAUUUUUGUUCCUACAAGUCAAGUCAUUACUCUUAUAACGUCAGCUCCAGUGGUCAGCAAGGUUCCAGUAAACGCCGCUCAUUUUGGGGCUUUUUAUUCGCUUAUUCCACCCACACGGAGACGUACGGGAGUUUUCAACGCUUCUACUAUCCAGGCGUAGUACAUCCUUUCCAAACUUGGGCAGCACCGUAUAGUCGUUGCCAGAAUAUUUUUGAUGGAUCUCUUGGUUUCAACGCGCCGCUUUCAGAGGAGUACAACAGCAGCGGAUUGUCAAGCCACCCUCAGAAACCCGGAAUCUCGCUUGCUGAACGCCCUCUUUACGUAACCCUUGAAGAAAUCCUGCAGGGUUGCAACAAGAAAAUAAAAACGACAUGGCUGGUGCCAAUGGCUGGCGGCGCGACUUCGAGGGUUGAAGAGAAGCUACUGAAUGUAUACGUAAAGCCAGGCUUGCCAGAGGGAUCGAAAAUUGUGUUCAAACUCCAAGACGUGGAUUUGCAGCGACCCGCUUCCGCGGACGUCACGUUUGUCAUCCGCUACAAGCCGCACCCUUUGUUCAAGUCUCAAGGCAAGGACAUUUAUUACGUGGCCAAGGUGGACAGCGCCCUCGGUGCCCAGGGUGGGAAAGUUAAUGUGCCCACGCUGACCGGAAACACGAUCUCGCUUCCACUAGAUGGUGUCAUUCAGUUCGGUGCCAACUGGCGCAUUGAAGGCCAUGGUCUGCCCAACCCUGUGGAUACGACAAAACGCGGAGACCUUAUCGUCAUAUUUGAUCAGGGCGUUCCGGUCGCCUAA